AUGGCGGCGACGAAUCACCCCAUACAGAUCGCCAUUCUCGGAGCAGGCACAUUUGUGAAGAGUCAGUAUCUUCCACGACUCUCGGAGAUCUCCAAUCUCUUCCAUCUCAAAGCUAUUUGGAGCCGAACCGAGAAUUCUGCGAGUAGUGCUGUGGAAAUUGCGAACAAAGACUUUGGUGGAGUGGAGUGUAAAUGGGGAGAUAACGGUCUUCAGGAUAUUAUUCAAGAUUCAUCCAUUGUUGCCGUUAUUGUCGUUUUGGCUGGACAACAUCAGGUUGAAAUCUCACUCAAGAUGUUGAAGGCUGGUAAACAAGUACUUCAAGAGAAACCUGCCGCCUCUUGUACAAAUGAGCUGGAAACUGCAUUAUCUGCCUACAAAUCGAUUUCUGCUGACGCUCCUGGCCAAAUAAUUUGGUCUGUGGCUGAAAAUUAUCGUUUUGAACCAGCCUUAGUGGAGGGCAAGAAGCUAAUUGCUGACAUUGGGAAAAUGAUGAGUGUCCAAGUUAUUGUAGAAGGAUCAAUGAACAGUUCAAACCCAUACUUUUCAAGUUCUUGGAGGCGCAGUUUUACUGGAGGCUUUAUUCUUGAUAUGGGUGUGCAUUUCAUUGCGGGGUUAAGAAUGCUUGUUGGGUGUGAGGUGGUUUCAGUUUCAGCUAUGACAUCGCAUGUGGAUUUGAUCUUACCAUCACCAGAUAAUUUAUCAUCUGUCUUUCAUUUGGAGAAUGGAUGCUCAGGAGUAUUUGUAAUGGUUGUCUCCUCCAGAUCACCCAAGAUCUUGUGGCGAGUUGUUGGCAUGAAUGGAACCCUUCAAAUUGAGCGUGGAUUUCAAGGACAACAUGGAUACCUGGUUUCAUUAUACGAUGCUAAUGGACAAUGCAAAAGCUCAUUUUUCCCAUUCAGUGGAGUAACUGAAGAAUUAAAAACUUUUUUUAAUGAUGUUUCUGAAAACACCCUCAAGAAGAGUAGUGAGUUUGUGCCCGAGCACCGCCUCUCUUUGGUCGAGGGUGCGAGAGACGUUGCUCUUUUAGAGGCAAUGCUUGAGUCUGGAUCAAGGCAGGGCAAGCAAGUUCAUGUAAAAAAGUUUUGA